AGAACUAUUAGUACUGUAGGGGUGGUCGUACUCAAUUCAAAACAUCUUACACAAUAUCCUUUAUCGUAAUUGCGCAUUUUUCCGCUCAAUUAGUGCGAGUGAGUGCGUCACAAGGAGUUGUUUAAAAAAAAAGGAGGAGCUCUCAAAUUGAACCACGCUCAAUUCUACUAAAAAUGUGAUUUGGGACCCGUCCAAAACCACUCAAGAAUAAUUUAGUAUGAAACUUCAAAUAUGUAAGGAAACUGACGACAGCAACAAACUUUUGAACAUGGCAAAUGACGAUUACGCGGUACUGAGGAGGUACAGCAAAGACCAUUCCAUUUAUGAAGAUAUAGCCCUGGACGUUACAAUCUCGAGCACCGAAAUGCCGCCUAGUUGCAAGGCGAACACUAAACGAGAGUUACCCGAGAUCGACUUUGAAGAUGAAACCGAAGCGCCCACUGAAGUUGCCCAGGAGGUAUCCAUCGAACCUUGCUCGCAGAUUUUGACAUAUGAAAUAGACACAUCGCAGAUAAUUAACGUGCCAGAAGAUCAAAUAAUUAAGAUAGAGUACCAAAUAGCAAACGGUGUUAUAAACACGGAGUACAUCGUCAACCAAAACAUUUUAAGUAACUCGGGCGAAAUUCAAAGUGUAGACAUGAGGUGCGUGGACACGAACGUAUGGAAGAAGAGCAACAAUUCAACUUCCUCCGACGAGCCUCAAAUAUCAAACAGCGUCCUAGUCCUAUCUCCGAACUCAGUCAGUCUACCUGAAACAACAAUCGAAGCGAGUAACGAAAUUUUUGGGAUACCACAAAAUGAAAUUGAAGUCGGAACCGUCUGUACCACCGAAGUAGAAAUCACCGACCAAAACUCGUCUGACACGCUCUUGGAAAACGGAACCUCCGACAAUAUGGAAUUUGCGUUGAGCCCACGCAGCGAUAGCGACAACUCGGAGACGGAUUUAACAAGUCUCAAUUGGUUACAUAGCAUUACAAAUAUAAUGGCGGUCCCGAAUUUACCUACCCCACCUAUUUCUCCGAAACCCAGACGGAAACCUCCGACAAACAGCGCGCAGCAAGAGGAUCUGACGAUUAACAUUAACUUUUACAAGAAGAACGGCGAUAAGAAGCCCCCAUUCUCCUACGCGACACUAAUUUGUAUGGCAAUGGGGAAGAACGGGAAUAAAAUGACCUUGUCCGAGAUCUACCAGUGGAUUAGAGAGAAUUUUUUGUAUUACAAAAAAGCGGAACCAAGCUGGCAGAAUUCAAUUCGCCACAACCUUUCCCUGAACAAGUGCUUUGUAAAAGUGGCAAGAUCCAAGGACGAGCCUGGCAAGGGAGGCUUCUGGAAGCUUGAUCUGGAAAGGCUGGAAGAAUCGAGAAGAUCAAAGCGCCGAUCCAGUCUAACUGUGCGCGCCCCACGCCCUACCGUCGUCAAACCGACACGAAAAGUGAAAAGGCACCGACCGUCGCAAAGGACCGGGGAAAGGAAGCAUAACAUAUUAUCGAACAUAUCGAUCUGCAACGAAACCGAGCAAGAUAGCGAGAGCUGUGACAGUGCCCAGAGCGUAAAAACCGACAGCAAUGCGAAAAUUACCGAUGGAGAGGCGGAAGAGGCUGCCCUCUCUCCGAAACCUGCGACGCCUUCGCCAAACUGCAUCGUGGAACCGGUAAACCAAAUGAUACCAGAAGACGAACUGACCGGUCUACUUCUCGCCACAAACGGCUGGGACGAUUGUCAACUGGAACUUCUCGACUCACUACUGGAUUCGUUAUAAUUGUACUGGAGAUGAACAAGACUAUGCCAAAACAUAUUUUUGAUAAGUACCUAGAAUUUUUGUGCAAACUUAUUUCGUAUUAUUUAGCGCAAUUGUACAAUGUAACAUUUUAUAUGUCUACUGAUAUUGGGGCGAUAUCGUGAUAUCAGUCACACAGAGUGGUUUGUGCCUUUUGUGUCUUAGCACAGUGUGCCCUUUGCUAUACUCUAAGUCUCGUUAGAAGUUAUUGUAGAUUUGGAAAGCUCGUAAUUCUUCCGUCCAUUUACUGAGAUAGAAAUUUAUCGUAUAAUUAAGACAAAUGUUGAAUGUAAUGGCUGCUCAAAAAUGAAAGAAAAACCUUAUGCUCAUUAGUUUUGCUCAAGCAGAGGCAAUUUUGUUGUUUCAAGAUCUGUUUUGAAAAUACCGCAGCUCAGUGUAGAUAGGUAUAGAUGUUGAAGGAAGUAAGGAGUGGUGCAUGCUACUCCGUUGAAGUAUUAUUAAUAAUUUUUAUAGAAUUGUAAAGUUUGUAUUCUAGUCAUCUUCUUAAAACACAUUUUGCUCAAAGGAGUUCGUAAGCAAUAGAUUGUUGUGUUUUGAACGAUACUU